AGAACUAUUUAUAUAUAUUGGUUGAAAUUUCGCUAUUUUUGGCCAUGUAAGACCGAAAAUCUCACUAUUUCUGACUCAGAAGAAUACAGAAUAGAAAGCAUAUUAAUCCCGCUUCAAAAUGAGCCAGAUUCCGUCAGGACUGUCGCGUCUUAAAACCCCAAGUAGAAUUGUUAAACCGGUUCAAGGUGGCGGUGUAGGUGCCGGAUCUCAACCUUCAGCUCCUUCAGUAAAACCACGUGGAUCUGUUUCUAAUUCUUCUCAGGCAGGAUCGUCUACAGUACAACCAAGAACUAGUCCUACGGGGGCUAAACUUGGCCAGACUUCAAGUGGAGUAACUCGACGAGGAAUGCCAACCAGCGACAAUGGCAAAUUGAGCGCAAGCCGUGAGCGCUUGGUGAGUCCACGGGGAUCUCUAACUGGAGCAGAAGUUGCUCAACCGAGACUUCCUUCAAGAGAGAAUUCUCAAACAAGACUGCAGUACAGAAGAGAGAGUUCUAGUUCUAGUUUACGCGGAGCUUCAUCUAGAGCUAAUGGUGCUCCCGCUAUAAGAAGACGUGGCGAAAUUUCUCGAGCGCCUUCGGAAAGUCAAAGUCAAACUGCGCCUGUUGACCCGUCGAAUUCAAAUCUACUCAGCUUGUUCAAACUAGGAGAUCGGGUGUUAGUAGGAAACUCGAAUCCUGGCUCUAUAGCUUUUAUUGGACAGACAAAAUUUGCCAAGGGUGAUUGGGCUGGAGUAGUUCUUGACGAGUGCGUCGGCAAAAAUAAUGGAAGUGUUCAAGGGGUGCGUUAUUUUGAAUGCGAUGCGGGUCAUGGGAUAUUUACAAAGCUUGAGAAACUCACUAAAAUUAACCAAAUCGACGGUAGGAGAACUUCAUCGAGUGAUGUUAAAGUUGAGAAAAAGAAAGCUAACUUAGAAAUUGGCGACCGUGUCGUUGUAAGCGGUUCGAAACAUGGUGUAGUUCGGUAUCUUGGAGAAACUGGAUUUGCUAAGGGAGAAUGGGCUGGUAUUGAACUAGACGAGCCACUGGGGAAAAACGAUGGUGCUGUCGCUGGAACAAGAUAUUUCCAGUGUGAGCCUAACUUUGGACUGUUUGCUCCACUACAUAAAGUUGCUAUUUCAAGUUUACCUCUACCACCAAGACUUCAACCGCAACCACCUCAAGGAAAUGAUGUACAGAACUCCUUGGGUGCACUUGGAAGUAACAGUUCUAUUAAUUCAGUUUCUUCAACCCUCAGUGAAUCCUCCUCUACCCCUAAGCCAUCUACAUUAAGUACCUCACAGAUUAUCUCAAGCCCUGAACCAGAGGUGUCUGAAGUUAAAUCAUCACCACCCCCAUCAGGGCUCACCCAGUCUCCUGCAUCAUCUGGUGUGGUGACAUCACAAUUGGUGGCUUUGCAGACAUCUACCGUAAUGAGAGAUAUUUCAGGUUAUAUUGUUAAAAAAAAGGAGGAAGCACUGGAGGAUAGAGAGAAGCAAAUCCAGUCCCUUCUGGCAGAUAGAGAGUUUGAACGAGCAGAAGUUGCUAAUGCUACAAGUCAAGUUACUAAGGUUGAGGAAGAAGUUGGCAAACUAAAGGAAAAACACAAUGAGGCUAUUCUUGAGAAAGAAAAGAGCAUCAGUGAACUUCAGAGCUUGCUUGAAACAUCAAAUAAAGAAAAAGAUGACCUCCAGUCACAGCUGGAAGAAGAGAAAAGGAAGGUGGAAGAUUUACAAUUUAAACUAGAGGAGGAGGAGAUUACUCUUGGAGAUGAACUUAAGAUUGAGCAGAAAGAAAUUGAAACACUUGAGAUUGAACUAAAAGAAAAGGUUACCUCACUUUCCAGACUAAAGGAAGAGCUUGAAACAACACAGACUGAAAAAAGCACAGCAUUAUCAAAAAUUACAGAAUUAGAGAGUGCUUUGUCUGAAUCAAAUACUUUAGUUUCAAAUUUGCGGACAUCAGUCAGUGAUUCUGAUAGCAAGAUCAGAGAACUGGAGGCAACACUGUUUGCAAAGCAAGAGGAGCAUUCCGGUGAUGCCAGCAUAAGAGAACAGCAGCUCAGAGAGAAUUCUGAAAGGAUCAGUGCUUUGGCAAAGGAUAUAGAGGAACAUGCUAAGAUCAAGACAGGUCUUGAUAGUGAGAUUAAAAUCCUGAAAUCAGAACUUGUGAGGUCAAAGGAAGAGAAUGAAACUUUGCAAAAAGAGAUCAACGAUCUUACAGAAAAGCUCCACCACAAGGAAGAUGAAUUUUCUUCCCUAUGCAGUGAGCUUCAAGUGAUCAAGGACACAACACUUGAACUUCAAAAACAGCUUCAUUUAAGUGAAGUCAGAUCAGAGAAUCUUGCUGCAGACAAAGCUAAAUUGGAGUCCCAAAUUGCUGAAUUGGCAAAGAAUUCCGGUGAUAGUUCACAAAAGCUGGUUUACCUCAAUGAACAACUCAGAGAAAAGGACAGGACUUUGGAUAAAUUUAAAUCUUCCUCAGCUGAAGCUCAAGUCCAGAUUGGCAGGCUGACAGAAGAUCUUGCACAGGCAAAGGAGCAACAUGAUAAAAAUGUGCUGGAGAUAAAGAAAUCCCACCAAGAUCAGACCUUAGCUACAAAUAAAAUGGUACAAAACCUGAAAUCUGAGCUUGAGCAAAACUUAAAAAAUACCGAAGAUAUGCAAAAUGCACAUCAGGCCAAAUUGCAGGAUCUUAUGCAAGCCAAGGAUACUGAGUAUUCAGCUGUGGAGGAGCAAAUGAAACAAAAAAUCAAAGAGAUAACCUCACUUACUCAAGAGCUGAACAAGUUGAAAACUUUACAGCAGGAGACUCUAAAGGAGAACACAGAAUUGUCUGGAGUAAAGGAACAAUACAAUAAGCUUCAGACUGAUUACAAGGCAUCACAAGAUCAACUUGCAGCAUUACAGCUGCAGCUGGAAUCUUUGAACGCUGAGAGGGGUCUUGUCAUGGGCGCUCAAGAAGAUGCACAGAAAAAGCAACAAGAACUAACUGAAAAGUACUCAGCACUACAACAAGAGCAUCAAAGCUUGGUGCAAGCAUUUGACACUGUCUCCAAGGAAAACUCCUCAAGAAAAGAAGAGGUGGAAGCUCUUAGUAAGGCAAAAGACAUCAGUGAAAAGGAGAAAUGUGACAUGGAAACAAAGCUGGAAGAAUUGAAAACUCAUUGUAACAACCUUCAGAAGGAUGUUGAAGAUGCAAAGUCUUUGGCAAACAGCAAGGAAGAACAGUUGCAUUUGCUCAGUUCGUCAUCUUCAGAUGCAGAAGAAGUGAUUUUGAAAUUGAGGAAUCAAGUGGAAGAAGCUCGUACACAGAGAGACCAAGUUACCAAGGAGAUUACUGUCCUGUCACAGGAGAACCAAUCACUUAAAGGAAGUGUUGAUGCCCUCAAGAAGGAUAAAGAAGAAGUAACUGUGGAAAAAGACAAGCUUAAAGCAGCAAUGAUGGAUGCAAGUAAUAAGAUUGAUGGCAUGAGUGUUGAAUUAGAAGAAGUCAAAAAACGGGAAACUAAUGCAAAAGUUGCUGCAGAUUCUGAAAGAGAAGAAUUGGAGAUUAAGUUACAAAAUGCGGAAUUACUAGCAAAGAAAAGAGAUGAUGAAGUCAAUAGUUACAGGAAAGAGAAUGAAAUGCUAAAGAGUAGACUAGAGAGGAGUAUCAGUAAUCCUGCUCCUACGUCCAUUCAGUCUGUUAACGCUUCAGAUAUGGAGGCAGUGAUGAGCAAGCUUAGAGAAACAGAGGACUUGUUAGAAGCAGUGCAAACAGAAAAAGGAAACUCAGAGGCACAGGUUGACUUCUUGAAUUCCGUGAUUGUGGAUUUGCAGAGGAAAAAUGAAGAAGCGGAAAAGAAAAUUGAGCUGUUUAUGAUGGGAAAGGUUCCAGACACAAAUGGCACCCUUAAUUUAUCUGACGAUGAUGAGCCAGUGAGACCGGGAAUAAGACAGCGCUUGUUCUGCGAUAUUUGUGACGUUUUCGAUCAGCAUGAUACUGAUGACUGCCCACUGCAGUCUUCAGAUGCACCGGACAACCUGGGAACCCAGCACCAUGGAAACAGAAAUGAGGAAAGACCUUACUGUGACAUAUGUGAAGUUUUUGGACAUUGGACUCGAGAUUGUGACGAUGAAGAGACGUUCUGAAAGUCAUGUCGUGGAGGUAUACCUGCAAGCUAUGAAAGACAGCAAGAUGUUGUCCUCGCCCCUCGCCUUAUUUUCUGGUGUAUGAUGUAAAAAAUAACCAACAAUAAGCAACACAUAACCUUUUUAUUGGGUACUAGAAGCAAGCUUUUUUACCUUCUCGUUCCUCGGAGGGGUGGGGUAGAGAGGGGAAAUUUCAUAUCCCGACUUUUCCUGAGUCGUUUUCAUGACGCGGGUGGAGACGGAGCGCGGGUGUCAAUGGGAAAGGAGAAUGAGAUGAAUGUAUUACCUCCUAAGAUCUGAAGUACCUAGAAAGUGCGGUUUGCAUUAUCAUCGUCCCAUCUUUUCUUUCUCUCCCCAACUCGCACUCCUGUGAAA